AUGCGGCCAUCACUCACGAUACCCCUCCUCUUCGCUGCGCGAUCUGUAUCUUGGAGGUUCGCCAGUCGAGGCUCGCUGGCUAAACAACAACACGUGCUAUCAGAUGAGGCAUCGAUAACAGACUAUGAGCUUCCAGAUGUUAUACCGGGCGGUUCUCCAUUCAGCUUCUGCAAUCAGUCGAGGAAGACGGAUCUAUACAACAUUUCAAUGAUCAAUUUCAACCCUCAGCCACUAUAUCUCGAUAAUGGCUUCGGCGUGACCAUCUAUGGGACUUACCUCAAGGAUGUGGGCCCGAAUGCGACAUUCGAGAUGACUGGAGACUGCGGCAGUCACUGCAAAGAAUAUGGGUACAACCAUACGGAGGGAGAAACAGAAAGCUGGGGCUUUUGCCCUUUCCACAACGAAACUCAGCAGCUGGACAAGAAAGGUGGCUGUCCACCGGUGGAAGGUUUCGCGCUUACGAACGUAGCGGGUUGGGUGAUGCCGUGGUACCGCGUUCCUGCGUGGUACAAUUUCACCUUCGAUGCGAAGACGGCCGACGGUGAGCGAAUCUACUGUCUUACGGCAGAAGUAUGCCUCCGUUGGGAAGAUGAGAAAAUGAACAAAUGGUAUGUCGACCAUGGUUCGCCUGGGGCCAACUGUACUUGGCCGAGGUAG